AUGAAUGCAGAGGUAAGCGCAUUAAACGAUAACAAUACGUUUGAGUUAGUCCCACCACCAAUAGAUCGACAGAUAGUGGGGGGAAGAUGGGUUUACGCUGUAAAAAUCGGCCAAAAUGGGGAAGAAACCCAUAAAGCAAGAUAUGUAGCUAAAGGGUAUUCUCAAAUUCCUGAGAUUGAUUAUCAGGAAACGUUUGCCCCGACAGCUCGCAUGAGCUCAAUUCGUACAUUGCUACAACGUGUUGUGCAGAAUGACAUGAUCAUUCACCAAAUGGAUGUCAAGACCGCCUACCUUAAUGCGCCUAUAGAUUGUGAGCUCUAUAUGGAACAACCAGAAGGUUUUGAGGAACAUGGUGAGAAUGGUGAAAAAUUAGUAUGUAAAUUAAAUAAGUCAUUAUAUGGUUUAAAGCAAAGUGGGAGAAACUGGAAUAAUUUAUUACACGAGUAUCUGCAAAAGGAGGGUUUUACUCAGUCACAGGCUGAUGCAUGUGUGUAUGUGAGAAUGAUUGACUCGAAGCGAUGUGUUAUAAUAAUUGUAUGGGUUGACGAUAUCAUUAUCGCAGCCAGUCAUUUUGAAUUACUAACAACUGUAAAAGAAUCUUUAGGUGAAAGGUUCAAAAUGAAAGACCUAGGUAAGCUAUCGUGGUUUUUAGGUACAGAGUUUAAAUGCAAGGAAUCUUGCAUCGAAAUGAAUCAGAAACAAUAUAUUGAAAAAGUAUUGUUGAAGUUUGGGAUGGCUGAUUGCAAGCCCAAGCCUACUCCAUGUGUUUUAGGUAUCGAGAAGGUCUCAGACGAAGAAUCACCAAGCUUAGAAGACCCAGGUGAGUAUAGGGCUAUUGUUGGGAGCUUAAUAUACGUUAUGACAGGCACCAGGCCUGAUUUGUGCUAUAUAGUGACGAAGCUCUCACAGAAAAUGUCUAAGCCCACAAGAGCCAAUGUCGACUUGGCUAAACACGUUUUAAGGUAUUUGAGGGGUACAUCUGAGCAAGGUUUGACAUUUAGGAAGUCAAACGUUCCGCUAAGGUUGAACGGAUUUUGUGACUCCGACUGGGGCGCAUCAGUAGCCGACAGGCGGAGUAUAACUGGCUAUAAUUUUCAGUUGUCUUCAACAGGUCCUUUAAUAUCCUGGAAGAGCCGUAAACAACCAACAGUUGCACUCUCUACAUGCGAGGCAGAAUAUAUUGCGCUUGCAAAUGCCGUACAGGAGGCAAAAUUUUUGAAACAAUUAUGUAUCGACAUGAAGGUAAGUAUAAGUGAUGAUAAUGUACUUAUUCAAGUAGAUAAUCAGGGAGCUAUAAACUUAGCUAGAAAUCCCGUACACCAUCAAAGGUCGAAACAUAUAGAUAUUAAGUAUCAUUUUAUAAGAUCCGAGAUACAGGUAGGUACCAUAACUUUGAAAUAUGUUCCUACUGAGGACAAUAUAGCUGACGUCUUCACAAAGCCAGCUAGCAAAGGUAAGUUAGAAAAAUUUAAGCACUUCAUGUUAGGUUUAUAAAUGCGCUGCGUAAUACAAAUAUAUUAGAAAUUAAAAAAAAAAAUUAUUGAUGUAAUUUAUAUAGAUGCUCAGAACAUAAGAGCAAGUGGGGGGUGUUAGAAUAUGCUCCUGAUAUUCUGUUGACAAUGAUAAUAAGAUUAUUAGUUAAUGAAUGACAUUGAUUACUAUAGAUAUGUAUGUAAAAUGUAAUCUCUGGAUACCACAAAUUCCAGUACAAAUAGUUGCUCCAUGUACCAAACUGUAUACCAUUUAUGGUAAUAGAAUGUGAUAUGUCAAAAUACUUAUUAUAGAUAUAAUCUUGUAUAUAUAUAUGUGUGAUUUUUAUUAUUAAAUACAUUCUUUUGUAAAACUCCAAAGUUGUAUGUUGUGCUUCGUAUUCGAGAAAGAGCGAUGGCAACGGUACAAAACCCAACAACAUGUAUAUAUUCUUUUUCAACACAAUUUUUUACGGCAAACCUCAAAAAACGCUUUUAAUUAACCACAAAAUUUUUUGUUUCUGCGCCAUGUUGGUUGACUUGGAUAUAUUUGUCAUUCACUCAUCCAACAUGGCAGCGAAAAAGAAAAUGCAUUUACAUAUUGUGAAAAAUCACAAUUCUUCCUAAAACUCCACAUGAACAAUUAACAUGACUGAAAAAUAACAUCUCAGUUUCUAUAUUCCAUAUACCACUACCUGCGCGCUGUUUUAGGAGAUUGUAUAAAGUGUAUGUGAUGGAAACGGAACUCACUGUGGUGGAAUCCCCUUUUGCAUUAUAGCCACGCAACGAAGUAGUGAAGCGAUUGCCGGAUUGCGACCAUAGAUAGUAGCGUGCUUAAACGAUGUUUUUGUCAAUCCGCAAUCUCGUUCCCCGAACCUGCGAUCCUCGGGAAGGAACGUGAGGCUCCAGGUGAGGCUCUGGAAUAAUCCGUUGCCGGAAGCCAGCUACACUGGCUAAGAUCAUGAACUGUGCAUUCCAUAUCAACGGCCAAUCAGAUUCCUCCCUGAAACGGAUUAUCCCAGAGCCUCACGUUCCUUCCCGAGGAUCGCAGGCUCUGGGAACGAGAUUGUGAACACGGACGCCAGAUUGCCGAUGGGGGACUGGAUUGAAAACUGUUUGUGUCAGUUUGUGGUGAUCUUCAAUGCAUAUGACCACGGUUAAUAGACGUAAUAUGACAAAACGUACGAUUCUUAAAGUUUUUGCUUCCUAACCCGAUGCCGCCAAAAUUAGUUAAAGAUAGGGUACGGUCCGGUUUCCGCAUGCGCACACAGGAGUCUCCGGCCAUAAUAUAAACACUUUAAUUAGGUUUGUAUUUCAUUUUAUGUUCUUGCAAAGCCUGAUUGUUGUAUCAUGAUAAUUUAUUAUACUGUAGAAGCAUGAAAUAUAAAUAGUUGUCGAAUAAAGUUUAAUAUUUUGAAUACCGAAAUGUAAACAAGUCAAACAAAGGCUUUGUUUACAUACGAACUGGGCAUGUUGUAAAGGACGGACUGGACCGGACUGGGAAGACGCGGACUGAGUCCGUGUUUUACAAAUCGCAAACUGAGAUUUGACCGCGUUUUCCCUACGCAAGCCUUCGUCUCAAAUUUCAAAUUUCAACCUGCGAACGGGCAUACUCAUUACGGGCUGUAUGGCCUGCGGAGGAGGUAGGCGUUUUCCCGGUCCAGUCCGGUCCGUGUUUUACAAAAACGUCGCUUGCUUAAGACACAGAAUACUACACAGAAGGCCAUCUCCAUUGUUUUUAGCGUAAGCGCUAUUCGCCAUGAUUCGUCACUCAGCAAGUACCGUAAACAGAAGCAGUCCCCCCCUGGAAAUACUAAAAAUGGCGAACGUCCAGGGGGGUGACUGCUUCUGUUUACGGUACUUGCCGAGUGACGAAUCAUGACGAAUAGCGCUUACGCAAAAAACAAUGGAGAUGGACUUCUGUGUAGUAUUCUGUGCUUAAGAGGAGAUUUUUUUGUAUAUUACGUAACACGCGCUCAGAACUAAUUGAGGUUAUGACUAAAUUCAAAAUUUCUAUUUUUCGAUACGUUUCUCAAUCGGCAAACAAACUUACAAAGUAUGUUUAGUGCUUUAUGUGUAAAAUAAUGCUAAAAUGAAGAGAUUUUAGAUGAUACGCCAAAGAGAAAAUGAUGUCUGAAGUUCAGUAAGUUUUGCUUAUAUGACUGUAAAAAUGGCGUCAAUUUUAAAGCAUCAUUGGUAAUUGUAUUUUAAUUGACAAUUUUUACUAUUAUUUUAUGUUUCUCAACCGGCAGAUGCAUUUAAAAAGGUAGCUAACUCUAUAAACUAGAGAAUAAAGGUAAAACAACAUAAUUUUGAGAGGAACGCCAAAAAUAUUUUAGGUUUUGAACACUUUUCAUCGCAAAUACGUGACAUUGAAAAAAAUUGCCUAUUAAUAAUUAAUUAAGAUUAAUAUUCAGCGGAACUCAGCUGCUUCCGCUUUCAUAUCAAAACUCAUAGCAUAGAUUAAUUAAGCUCAUAGUUCACCCAAGUUUAGUCUUGUGUAUCACUGGUUAAAGACACAAAAGUAAAAAAUUGAUUCAUAUAUUACAAUUCAAAGUUACAAUCUUUAACUAAGAAUGGCGUUAGUCUUCGUUCUGUGGUAUAGCGUGGUAUAUUUCGCAAGUAUCGUGUCGACUACUCAAGCUAUCGAAUGCCAAGGCACAGCGCGAUAUACGUUAACCUUUCAAGGGGAAUGGACAAGCCAAACUCAUCAAAAUUUUCCAAGUGGCGCUCAUUUCUCAACCCUCGUAGGCUGUAGUCAUAAGGCCUCCUAUGUGAUGUGGACACCAGGAAUAACAGCGACCACAGGAGUUCAAGAUGUGGCAGAAGACGGUAUACAAUUUUUAUUAGUUAUCCCAUUUCGGGCUUUUCAUAACUUAUUUACAGUAACUAUUAUACAAAUAUUACUAAUAUGCUAUGUCUGAGUCAUUAACAGCCUUGUUGGGGGUCUAAUUUAAAUGAACUAGGAGUUACUAUCGCAAGGAAAAUGCUGCCGAUAUGUACAUGUAGGAUGUGCUACAAAAAGAGCGUUUUUCACUGUAUGUAUGAUUUAUUGUCUUACACAUCGUCGUUCCUCAGUUACCUUCGUACAAUUAUAUCUUACAUCUAAUCUUAUGAAAAGUAUAUUUUAAUAUACUUAACAGUGCGACUUUGAUAGUUGACACAUAAUAUAAAUGAUAAAAUGUGAAUAUUAUUGAAUGAUUUUGUCACUCAUACAACUUUUACUUUGGCUAUUCAAACAAUUGAUUUAAAAUAGUUGAAUUUAUACUUACUGGGAUGUUAUAAUUGCUUAUUGGGAUGUUGAAAUUAUGUUUGUUUUAAAUACAUUUAAUUGAUAUUCCAUAAAUUCAUUUUGUAUGAUUUCAUUGACCUUGACAUUGUUCAAAAUCAUUUUGUAUUGUAUUGAAACUGUAUGUCUAUGACCUAUGUUAUGUGCUAUAUUAACCCAUUGAGUCGCAUUGCACCCUGAUGCACCCUACUUUGAACAGUAUUUUACUCUGUCUAACGCCAGACGAUUUUACUCGUCAAGGGGUGAGUGCUGGCGCUUAAUGGGUUAACUGAUCUAUCUGCCCAUGUGUCUAGUUAACCCAUUGGGUCGCAUUGCACCCUACUUUGAACAGUAUUUUACUCUGUCUAACGCCAGACGAUUUUACUUGUCAAGGGGAGAGUGCUGGCUCUUAAUGGGUUAACUGAUCUAUCUGCCCAUGUGUCUAGUUAACCCAUUGGGUCGCAUUGCACCCUGAUGUACCCUACUUUAGUAUUUUACUCUGUCUAACGCCAGAGUAUUUUACUCUGUCUAACGCCAGACGAUUUUACUCGUCAAGGGGAGAGCGCUGGCGCUUAAUGGGUUAACACGCCCAAAAUCUGUACUAAAACUGCUCUUUCUGUUUUGUGAUUGGCACAGUUUAAUCAAAGAAUCCUCCCGUUGAACCAGAGCCUUCACAAUAUUUCAAUUUAUUAUUAACUGAAGGCUCUGGAAUCCAGGAUAGCUUGCCAUUGAAUACAGUGCAAUGCUUAUAUUUCUGAAUGAAUAAGAUCAUACUCAGAACAGUCAGAACUGCAAAACUAUAUUGUUAGAAAGAAGUUGAAGUUGUGAGCAUUAUUGUGGUAACACAGCCAUAUGUAUAUAUCAAUGUAUGUCAGUAGAAUCAUGUUUAUAGGCUUUAUAUAUAACUGAGGCCUUAUACAAGUCAUAUCUUAUACAAAAGUCAGUUGAUAUGCUAUAUUACAUGUAAUUGCUGAUAAGUCCAUAUAUGCAGACAACAAUCCACACUGGGUAGCUCUAGGAAUCUUGUUAAGCCUGAUUUAACAACAUCCCGCGUUUGUUUUUAAACUAUAAACAUUUAGAAAUAGAACGUACCGAACACUAUUAUAUACUCACCGCCUUUGGCUUUGCACAUAUUAAGUGACAUAACAAACAAAUAAACUAAAAGUUCAUUUGCUUCUUGUAUCAGCAUAAAGGCAUUAAUCAUUACUGUCGAUUUGGUCGGGAAUAGAUCAGUGAUUCAGUGGGUAUUAUAAUUGCCGAUAUAUUCUUGAAAUCAUUUUGUUUCAAUGCCUCUAUAUCGAAGUUCAAUACACUAAAGUGACUAAACAAGUAUAAACAGCAGAUUUAAAUAUAAAUGCCUUCAUGUAUUAUAAAAUAUAUCACCAGACAGGUAGACAGGGCACACGGCACGACUACAUCACUAUACGAGAACGAAAUAAAGCCAUCCUUACCUGAAUUAUUCAAAAUAUUGUCGAUCAUUCUUGCGCCAGAGACACAAAAUAACACCGUGCUUUAUUUACCCAUUCAUCUUCACAAAUAUUACUCGGAAUUUUUAUGGAAAUUCGCAUUAUUUUAUGAUUUUUAUAUUUCUGUCCGUUUAUAACAGUCGCCAUGUUGUGAACAAACCCCCCCGGGAACAAAAAAAUAAUAUCAAAACAGCUAGUUUUGGCCCGUCCGUGGAUGACAGAAUGACAUAAAUCGAGAUUGUAGCAGCUAUAAACUCGGCGGUCACGUGGUAAGCACACCACGUGUAGAGAUUAGUGUGCUGCCGAGCUACGCUCGGCAGCAAUAAUACUGUAUAUCAUUGAUUGUAUUGGUAAUUGGUAUGUCUUGCAUGAUUUGUAUAAAAGAACUGGCCGACAAAAUCCGAUCUAGACGAAAAACUCGUCUAAAAUUCGCAUUCAGAGAGAUAAAUGAGAUGGAUAAAGUUCACGGAAAGGUCAUAAUUUCUAGAUGACGCCAUAACCUGGGCCAUGAAUUGUCAGUGUCUGUCUUUGCCAGUGUAGGUAGUGUCAAUCAAAUGAACAAGCUUUCGUUGGAAGGGAUGCAACUACCUGAAAAAUAUAAGGAGGAUUUCGACGUUUCGAGCGAAGGUCAGUGAGUUCGUCAUAGCGGUCUUAGUGACUCCAGACGAAGGGCCAUCGCUCGAAUCGUCGAAAUUCUCCUUAUAUUUUUCUGAUUUCAUUUUAAAACUUUCUUUCCUGACUAAAUCAAUACAUCAUAUUUUAUACUUCAGGUACUACAGGUGUACUUAACAGCGAAAUGGACAAUGAGAUAAACUUGAAAAAAGCCCAUAAGAGAUACCAACGUAGCGUGUUCUCUGGUAGCACAGGAACCACUCUUAUCCAUAACAUCGAAGUCAACUCGGAAUAUCCCCUCGUGUCCUUCAUUACCAUGAUCGCACCCUCACCUGAUUGGUUCGUUGGUGUACACGACUAUAAUUUAUGCAACACGACAACAGGGAAAUGGUUAGACUCGAUAACAAGAGAUUUGCCACCCUAUGAUGCAGGCACUGACAGUGGACCUAACUUUGAUAGUCGAGAUCAAAGAACAAAUCCAAAAGAAAAUAUCCAUCUGCUUACAAACAACACAGAAGGAUCGUUCAAAGGCGAUAAACCCGUAAGGAGAUUUGGAACUUUCACUUUUGUGAAGACCUAUAAUGAUUCCAACCCAAUUACUACUAUAAAGCCACCUUCAACCAUGCAGCCAAGCCAAGCAAGCAUCGCUUCAUCGAAGCCAACCAACCAAGCAACCAACCAAGCAACCAACCAAGCAACCAACCAAGCAACCAACCAACCAAGCAACCAAAGCCAACCAAGCGUCACCACCACCAGUGCAGCAUGCUCUGUUAAACAGCUUGGCUAUGCAGUUUUUGCUAUGAUCCUUGUAAAUUUCUGUUUGUAG